AUGCAGCAAGACGAGGAGUUUGUCAAUAAGCUCAUACUCAAUUUCUGCUCCAACGAUAGGAUACAAAGAAUGGGAAAAUGCUUGCAUGUAUUGGAUGUGUAUAGGAAGAGCCUGCUCCGGGGAGAAGACCCUAGGAAAAGUUAUAAACCAAGAGUCACUUUAAGUGGUGGUGGGAUCAUCUGGUCAGCGUCUGAGCUCAACGAAGCCGGAAUCAGAUUCAAGAGAAGUGGAAGUGUAAGCCUCAAAGACAUCUCAUUCCAUGGCGGAGUCCUAAGCCUACCUCGCAUUGUGGUGGACGACGUGACUGAGCCGUUGUUCCUCAACCUGAUAGCGUUUAAGAGGUACCAUGUCGGGACAGGGAAUGAGGUGACCUCCUAUAUCUUCUUCAUGAACAGCCUCAUCAAGACUGUCGGGGACAUUACUAGCUCCAACAGUUGGAACAUAGUGCCAACACCAUCACAGAUCGAAACAAAAAAGCCUAUAAGCCUCAGACAGUCUCCUUUGGCCCUUACCAUCAUGGCGAGGAACAUUAAUUUGGAACCUACGGAGGAGCACAAGCACCGCUAUAUCUUCUUGAUGAUAAACCCCAUCGAGAAUGUCAGCCAAUCUUAUGUGUCUAACUACUAUCUGUCGAACCAGUGUAAGAUGCAGUGGAACCUGUGGCGAGCCAAUCUUUUGAACACCUACUUCAGAAGUCCCUGCUCCAUUCUGGCCGUCAUUCCUGCAAUUUUCCUCUCUGCACUCACCAUGGCUCAAACAGUAUACACCGCUCUUAGUUACUAG